UCUCACUUAGUACAGCUCCAUACAUUGCCAGGGCUUAGAACAAGUACAGAAUGGAGCCUAAACUCUUCCUCUCUGUUUUAGGAUGCCUGCUCUCACAAUGUGUUUUCUCGGUUGCAUGCCCAAGCAGAUGUCUUUGCUUCAAGACUACCUUUCGCUGUAUGCACCUGAUGUUGGAACAUAUCCCUAAGGUGCCAUAUCAGACAACAAUAUUAGACUUACGUUUUAAUCGUAUCAGAGAUCUCCAGUCUGGAUCUUUCAAGAAGCUGACUAAUUUGAACACACUAUUGCUGAACAAUAACUUAAUUAAGAGGAUUCCUCGAAAAGUAUUUGAAGACCUUGAAAGCCUGCAGUAUCUUUAUAUAUACAAGAAUGAAAUUCAUACAAUAGACCACCAAGCAUUUAAGGGGCUGGUAUCCUUGGAACAACUGUAUCUCCAUUUCAACAAUAUAGAAGUACUUGAUCCAGACACAUUUGAUGGCCUUCCAAAGCUUGAAAGACUAUUCUUGCAUAAUAAUAGAAUCUCCAGAAUACCUACUGAGACUUUUUCUCGCUUGAAUUCUCUGAAAAGACUGCGCUUGGACUCCAACAAGCUGGUGUGUGACUGCGAUGUACUAUGGCUGGCAGAACUGAUGAGGGGAUAUGCCAAGAAUGGUAACACACAAGCAGCUGCCACCUGCGAAUAUCCCAGAAGGCUACAGGGCAGAUCCGUUUCCUCAGUAACAGCAGAGGAGUUAAAUUGUGAAAGACCUCGGAUCACCUCUCAUCCACAGGAUGCUGAUGUAACACCAGGAAAUACUGUUUAUUUCUCUUGCAAAGCAGAGGGUAAUCCCAAGCCUCAAAUCAUCUGGAUACAUAACAACAAUUCCUUGGACAUGAAAGAUGAUACACGCCUAAAUUUGCUGGAAGAUGGGACACUUAUGAUUCAGAACACCCAAGAGUCAGACCAGGGCACCUAUCAGUGUAUGGCAAAGAAUGUAGCAGGAGAAACUAAGACAGAUGGUGUGCUACUCAGAUAUUUUGGCUCCCCAAGUAAGUCUGCCUCAUGA